AUGAGCGACACGGAUAAGUCACCCCCCAGCGCCCUCAUCGCCUCCAAAGGCAAUAACACGGCAUUUUGGAAACCCACUGCGGGCACAACUUGGCAAAUCGAGCUUCUCUACACGCUUAAUGACACCUCCGUUAAUGUUGAAGUCUACGACAUCGACUUGUUCAACAGCGGAGCAGACUUGAUCUCAAGCCUCCAGAAAGAAGGCCGCAAAGUGAUUUGUUAUUUCUCAGCAGGUAGCUGGGAAAACUGGCGACCUGAUGCUGAUAAAUUCAAUAAUUCAACAGAUUUGGGAGGGACAUUGAAUGGCUGGCCAAAUGAAAAAUGGCUUAACAUCAGCUCAGAAAACGUGCGAAGCAUUAUGAAGACUCGACUUGACAUGGCCAAGGACAAAGGCUGUGAUGGGGUCGAUCCUGACAAUGUGGACGGAUAUAACAACGAGGAGAACGAUCUGGGCCUUACCAAACAAGACUCAAUUAACUAUCUUGGUUUUCUUGCUGCUGAGGCGCACUCACGCAACAUGUCGAUUGGGCUAAAGAACGCGGGGGAAAUUAUUGACAGUGUCAUUGACAAUAUGCAAUGGUCCGUCAACGAACAGUGCGCCCAAUUCAACGAGUGCGAUACUUUUUCCCCAUUUACCGACGCAAACAAACCUGUCUUUCAUAUCGAAUAUCCCAAAGGCACAGAUACUGACAACAACGCACUAGUCACCACUGCACAGAAAAAUGCGGCAUGUAAUUUUAAAGGUUCUAAAAACUUUUCAACCAUUAUCAAGAACAUGAACCUUGACAAUUGGAUCCAGUUGUGCUGA